UCCCCGGCCACCGCUGCCGGGGCUGGGAGUCAGCUGCCGCGGGACCCUUGUGCGCCGGGGCACCGCGGCCGAAAGUGGACUUGGGCUUGCAGUGGCCACUGGCUGGCGUUGGGGCCAGCCCUGCGCGGCUCGCGGAGCGGAGCGGAGCCGGCCGUGAGGCGGGCGGCGCCAGGUCGAGUGCUGGGCUCCCAGAGCGGGGAGGCUGCCCGCCCGCAGCUGCAGCCCCCGGAGCCUGCAACCGAGAGAGGGAUGUGUGCGCUCUGAGAUCCCCGGCAGCCCCGAACCCCAGCAGAGAGGAGCGAGGAUGGAUGAGCGAUGGUGGGAAGGACACCUGGCAUUGGAUAUCCACUCUACGCUCAGAGAAAAGGAACUAAAGCUGCCCGUCUACAAAGCCCAGUCCCCCCUCCUUGAGAGCCGAAGGUAUUUUGUCGACUUAGUUUCUGUCCUCAGCAACCACUGCAAGAUCUGCCCCACCGCCAGACACCUGGCUGUCUACCUGCUGGACCUCUUCAUGGAUCGAUACAAUGUGACUGCAAAGCAGCUGCACAUCGUAGCCAUUGCUUGUCUUUUGCUAGCAAGCAAAUUCGAAGAGAAGGAGGACCGAGUGCCAAAACUGGAACAGAUGAACAGCCUGGGCCUCAUGUGCAACCACCAACUGGUACUGAGUAAGAAGGAACUUCUACAGACAGAGCUGCUCCUCCUGGAGGCCUUUGGAUGGAACCUUUGCGUGCCGACCCCAGCCCACUAUGUUGAUUACUACCUCUUGUUCUCUCUCAAUGAGAAGGACCUCUGCAACAAUUGGCCUAUCAUCUCCUUAUCAAAAACCAAAGGUUUCUUAGAGAAAUAUGCCCACUACUUUCUGGAAGUCUCAUUACAAGAUCAUAUUUUUCACAGCUUCCCACCAUCUAUGGUAGCUGCAGCUUGCAUUGGGGCCUCUAGGAUUUGCCUGCAGCUCUCUCCCACCUGGACCAGAGACCUGGAGAGAAUAUCACACUAUUCUGUGGAGCAAAUCAGUGCGUGCAUUAAAGUCAUGCUGCUGGCUUUUGAAAAUGACUUCAAGGAUGCUAACAAAGUGAAGAACCAGCCUCUGGCCCUGCAACCCCAGGUGCUGGUGCCAAGCACCCAUCAGGCCCCCACCCAGGUGCUGUUCCAGCAGCCGGCCUUCCACCACCCCCUCCCUCAGCCACCAGCUACCCUGUCCCAUAUCCAGGCCCCCGUUCAAGACUUGUGCUCAGCCUAUCGUGACACGCUGCAGCCCCACCAGUCUGGGAGCUUGCUCUCGGGAAGUACCGGCCCCUCUCUGUACCACCCUUAUUCUGCCCUCCAGCCGUCAGCCGUUCAGGCUGUCACCAUCCCAGGCCCCCUCCCCAGGCAGAUUGGGGCUGAACCGAGACACUGCAUCUCCAUGACCUAUGGCAGUAGCUACUUCAGCGGACAUCAUUCAUUCCCAGCUGGAUGCUUUGACAGAUAAAGAAAAGCAAAGCAAAGCAAAGGAGGAAGAGGGAACCAGUGAGAGGGACAGCAUGGUUGCACAGGCACUUGGCUGCUGUGGGAGGCAUGCUAGGAUGGGAGCAGUAGAGCUUGGUUAUUUUUAGGGCCUCUUCUCCCCAAGGCCUUGUUGAAGCACUGACUUACGGGGACUUUUGCCCUUUUUAAAACUGUGAGAAUGGAAAAAUGCAAUAACAUACCUCACCAAGAACACUUCCCUCUGAAAAUCGGGUUAUAUAGAGAUGGCUUUGCAUCUGUCUUCCAAUGCAGGGACUCCAGGGAAUCAGAAGGACCUGGUUCAUGGCCAGACUACCCGACCCUGGAUAGACUACUAGUCAAAGAAUGUUUCCUGUUUUUAUUAUUAAAAGAGACUUUAUUUCUUAUCAAUGGCAGCUAAACCACUGUAAAAUGACACUGAGAAUUUUUUUGGUUCUUCUGGAAAAUGCCAAGUGUGUUGGUUCAGUUUUUCCUUGGCUUAGAAGUCAAAUGUAUGUUUGUUUUUGGUGGGUUUUUAAAAAUUGUUUAGAUUUGUCACUGUUUUGAUAUUGUUAUUGUUUUAAUAGAGAAACACAUCUGAGUACCUGCCUUCUGGGAUUGGGUGAAUGGGUCCCUUUUUAACCUUUUUUUUUUUUUAACUUCAAAUGUCGCUCUGCCUUGUAGGUAUUUUAAGAUUGCUGCUGCCUCCUAAAGUGACUUAGCUUUUUCGCUCAGUAAGAUGUCUUGUUUACAAAUUAUAUCAGGGAUUUAAUGUUACUUGAAAGUUCCUUAGGAAAAAAAAAAGUUUUGUCUGUGAGUGAUGCACUGCCCAUAAUGCUUCAAGUGUUCUAAGUUGGACUAUCCUGUAUUCUGCUUACUCAAAGCUGAUAGCUAGACUUUCUUUUUGUCGGAAGGAAGAGGAAUAAUUAGCAAAGGUCAUUUUCUCAGCCUUUCAUAGUUCCAGAUGGCCCCUAGACUCAUUUGAAACUGUGUUCACUAGUGGAGUUUCCCCCUAUAACCAGCCCCUAGAUAAGAUCUUUGAAGAGUAGAGGACAGUUUAGAGUCAUUUUGGUUUGUCCUCCUGCCUCUUGUGUGGGAUGAGAACCUGGCCUAGGUUUUUGUUUGUGUGAAGGCAAGAGGCGGAGCCUUUGUAAGAAUGCAGAGGUGCGUUUGUGUGAGGGGACGAGUGCUGUGAGGACAUUUGGCAGACUGGUCAGAUUGCUGGCAGUAUUGGGGAGGGCUGGGGUGCAGCGAGAGGGCUCUCAGGAAGACAAUAUAAACAAUGUGCAAUAAUACGUUUUUUACUCUGACUUGUGUGGCCCAAGCUCAGUGUGUUCUUAGGGUUUGGGGAGGGGGUGGUGAGAGAAAAGUGGAGAAAGGAAAGAAUGGGAUGUUGGAUGUUGUUCCUCCAGCAACAUAUUUAGGUGAAAUCUUGUUUCCAGCUUCUUUAAGAACUCCCCCACCUCCCCCUGCACCUUAAUGGGUCACCAAGUUGGUCUCAAUCUAAUCUGAAGAUCUUACUUUCCUUGCCUGGAAAAGGUGCGGUUUUUAUUAAAAGGUAGGUUGAAGGUGGGCGGAGCAGACGAAAACCUAAAUAGCAAGUAAAACAAAGCCUUAGAGUGAUGCAACAUCAAGCAUUUAGCUUUGGGGAAUAUGGUGUUAGUUCAUUUUUAUAGUUUGUGAGCUUUUGCCUGCUCACUAAGCUAUUUUAUCGGCCACCCUCUCAGGGCACCAGGUGUGGGGUUACGGGCUGAUGGCAGAAGCCACCAGCCCCACCUUUUUUCCAAUUGGUGAAACUCUUCCUCUCCCUCCCCCCUUCCCCUACUGGAGGUCCCUGGAGGAAAGCUCCCCCAAUAAACAGCUAAGCUGAUUUGUCUUGUCCUGUCUCCGUGCGGUCUUUUCUUGGACUUCUUUCCUUACGGGUUUAAGAGGCAAUGCCCUCCCACAGAAUCUGAUCAUAUCACCCUGUGGGGCCUGACCCCAGUCAUCAGUCUAAAACAGAAUUUUGGUAGUAUUUGAAAUAAAGGCCUUUAGGUUAAGGUUUUCAUCCCCUUAUUUUAACUGCUAUCUACCCUAAGAGCUUACCAGGGGCAGUAUGAAGUGAGAGGUUCUAUACUUACUUCAUUCAACACACAAUUCACAGGAUCAUGAAAUUAGAGGCAGAAAGGACCUUGGAAGGCCAAUCUAACUUACAGUUGUGGAACUGAAGCCCAGAAGUUAAGUGAUUUUCCCAGGGUUGCACAGCUAAUAAGGUGUCUGAGGUAAGAUUUAAAGCCAGGUCUUUCUGACUUCCAAGUCCAGUUUUCCGGGCCUCCUUUCCCCUACUGCCAAUCCAUUGAGUGUUGGCUUAGUACAAGGCACUAUAAGGAUGAGGGUCUGACUGUGAGUGCAGUGUGGUCCUAGCCCCAAGAAGCUUAUUGGGAAGUGUAAGGAAUAACAGAAAAAUGUAUAAAAACCACAACAUGCUCUGAGAACUUGGAGAGAGGGGCUGUUAGCUGAAAGGAUGGGAGAAGAAUCCCUGGAGAGAUUGUCAUUUGAGCUGAGACUGUGAAGAUGUGAAUAAGCACACAUCUGUAAUUAGCACAUCGUUGGAAUGAGAACUGGGUGCUAAGAAAAUUUUAAGUGAUAUAAUGAAUUUAUUUUCUCAAAGUAACCCACCCAUCCCCAGCCUUUGUUUAUGAUACUUACCUAGCAGACCCUGUUUUCCUAAAUCUCUUAAAUGGUCUAGCGAUCACAAACCCUGAAUUGACUGGUUCCAAUGAAUGAGGUCCCCUAGUGCUAGCUUUGGAUCAUGCUAGGUGUGCAGUUAGACUCAGUCAUGGAGAAGAGCAGCUUUCCUGCCUUUUUCUUUUUGUGAAUAGCUCAUAGCAGCCAGGACGGUGAUCAUGGCCAACAUGGCCUCCCCAAUGCCUCUGUUCAGUUUGUGGACAGCUGUGCUCAACUCUCAGAUUGAGAGAAAGCCAGGUCUUUCCACUCCCAAGAAUUCACUAAAGCUCCACUCCACUGCCCAUCCUUGGGGGAAGGAUGGAAAGCUCAUGUAAUUGGCUGUUGGGAGGCCGAUUCUCUUCAGACUCAGGCAGAAAGACCUCAGAGGAAACAGACCCUGAGACCAGAGAUGAGAAAGCCAAUUUUUUGCAAAGGGCAUUGAGGGGGGAGUUGGGGGGAGGGGGUUGUUUCACAGAUGGAGCCCUAACUCACAUUAGCAACAUGGCAGUGCCCAGGAAGCUAUUUAUCUGACUGCUGGUAAGUGUAGUCCUAGGAAAUCCAUUUCUAUUCAGUAAAUCAGGAAGGGUAGAGGGGAAGGGGGGAGGCAGGCCAAUUCUUUACUUUUAUGAGCCCAUUUCCAUAAUGCUGUGUCACAUUCAGGGCCUAGCUAAGACUUAUCAACCAGGUAGGCUCUUCAGCCUGCUGGUGCUUAUAAUCACUGUAGCAUAGAACGCUGGGGCUGGACGGGACUGUCUAGGCCUAUUGGAGAUCCAGUACAUUGAUGUGAUUUUUAACAGAUGAUCAAGUAAGCUCCUGGAGGAAAAUCGAGGUCCAAAGUCAUAUAAGGAGUCUCGUGCCUCCUGUGCUCUUUCCCCCCAUCCCCCAUCACGAUGAGCUCAGGUGAACCCAGAAGGCUGGGUCUGCCCUCCUAGGGAAGCAACACCUUCAGCCUAUGCCAAAUGCAAGGAAACAUGCAGACACCCAAACCACUGAGGAAGGUUCAAUGGGCUAGAUGGAGUUGAGUGAUGUCUUAGCCAUUCAUUUUUCUGGUUCUCAGUUUUCACCUCUCAAGUAAGGGGGUUGCACUAGAUGAGUUCUUUCCUGGUCUAAAUCCUACAAUCUCUCUUGCUUUCCCCAUCAAGAAAGCAGCUUCCCAUGAGGCAGCUAGGUGGCACAGUAGAUAAAGCACCAGCCCUGGAUUCAGGAGGACCUGAGUUUAAAUCCGGCCUCAGAGACUUGACACAUACUAGCUGUGUGACCCUGGGCAAGUCACUUAACCCCCAUUGCCCUGCAAAAAAGAAAGAAAGAAAGAGAGAGAGAGAGAGAAAGAAAGAGAAAGAGAAAGAGAAAGAGAGAAAGAAAGCAAGCAGCUUCCCCCUUGUUGUCUCAGGCUUCCUGCCAGGGUCACCUAGGAGUUCAUAUUCUCCCAAACUCCAUAGGGAAUCGACCCUUGGAGCAGGUCAGUCCUCAGUCAGAAUAAAUGCUUGUUGAUUAACUGAUCUUUCUGGGGAGGCUUCUGACAGUCCAGAGGGAACUAGACACCCAAGAAAGGUGUUUGAAGAUGUUACUGAGGAAAAUAGGAUGUAGUCUGAUAAUCCAAUCACUAGUGUUAAUGGGAUUUCCAGAAAGAAUAAUUUAUCCAAUUUAGCAAAAGAAGCUUUCCCACACACACUUAAAAACUCUUUCUGCAGCAUCAAGUGUGUAUGCCACCACCCACUUAAUUAUAGGCACCCGUUAACAAUGUUAGCUUGUUGAAGCUACUGUUUGUACGCAGCAUUUCUUUGGGAACUUUGGAAGCAUCGUGGAAUGGAAUAUUGAACUCAGUUUCAGUCAAAUUGUGCUACUGACACUCAGCUGUGUGAUCCCUUAACCUCAGCCUGUUUCUUCAUCUGCACAGAUGCCCACAGUGCCUAUCCAUUGUAGAUUCAAGUGAGAUAAUAUAUGUAAAGUACUAUGCAAACUACAUUAAAUGCCAGUUUUAUUUGUUUUAAUGCCUUAAUUUAUUUUUUUGUUCAUGUUUCAGGCAGACUUC